GCUUUUUGUUUGCCUGGUGGAGCGGUAUCCUGCGGCGGUGUACGUGCGGUGUAGGCACGGGCAGAGCCUGAGCACUCACACCGGCAUCCAAAGGCUUGACAUUCCCCCAAGCGCCCGCUCGCAGAUCGGAGACAUCAGGCAGGGUAAUGAUGUCUCUGCCCGACCGUCUGUGAACGCCGCUCCCCGCUCUGACCCUGAGGGGUGCUGGCAGCCCCGGCAUAGGCGAACCCCGCCAGCGCUAGGACACGGGCUGAGCCAAGCCGCGCUCCCUGCGCACCGCGGGCUGCCGGCACCGCUCCCGCCUCCCCGUCUCCCGCCUUCUGGGACAGAAACUCGGGGAAAGGGCUCUCCCCGCCUUGGGAAGCGCCAGGCACGACCUACAGGCUCUCUGACAGCGCUCACCUGCCGGCUGCACGGAGCCACGCCGCGGGCUCGGAGCGGAGCGGGAAACUCAGCCGGGACCGCAGCGCAGCCAGCACAGAUAGACUUUCUGGUCAAGCUCCAAAUGCUUUUGUUUGAGUAGCCUCAACCUCCCUAUGGACUCAACAGAUGUACCACGAAAUGGCAUUGCUCACUGGGAAUGCAGAUCCUGAGUUCAGCUCCCGCUCCUUCAACAACUUGGAAAACCUGUGUGAAGUACAAACCAAGAAAGGACUCUUCUACAAAAAGGCCAAACUUCUGCAUCCUGGAGAAGACCUGUGCUGCUUAGCCCACUUAGAUGACAGGUCUAGGUUUGUGAUUAUCAAUGUAGGUGGUAUUAAGUACAAAAUUCCCUGGACCACCUUGGAGAACUGCCCCUUGACCAGACUUGGGAAGCUAAAAUCUUGCAACAAUUAUGAUGAGAUCAUGGACAUCUGCGAUGAUUAUGAUGUUAGCUGCAAUGAAUUUUUUUUUGACCGUAAUCCUAGUGCCUUCAGAACGAUCAUGACAUUCCUGGCAGCUGGGAAGCUGAGGCUUCUCAGGGAGAUGUGUGCUCUUUCAUUCCAGGAGGAGCUUGUGUACUGGGGGAUAGAAGAGGACCACCUGGAGUGGUGCUGUAAAAAGAGAUUGCGACAGAAAGAAGAAGAGGCAGCUGAGGCCAGGCUGUUUGAAAGGGAGAUGAUAUUUAAUGAAGCUACGCAAUGUGCCUUCCAGGACAACAGCCGACUGAGUUUGUGCAUGCGAAAGCUCAGGGAUAUGGUGGAGAACCCCCACUCAGGGAUCCCAGGAAAGAUCUUUGCUUGUAUUUCCAUCUCUUUUGUUGCCAUUACUGCUGUCAGCCUCUGCAUCAGCACCAUGCCAGAUGUCAGAGAAGAAGAGGAUCGGGGUGAAUGCUCACAAAAGUGCUAUGACAUCUUUGUGCUGGAGACGGUGUGUGUGGCAUGGUUUUCCUUUGAGUUCCUGCUGCGAUCCAUCCAGGCAGAAAACAAGUGUGCUUUCCUGAAAACCCCGCUCAAUAUCAUCGAUAUCCUGGCCAUUCUGCCUUUCUACAUCUCUCUCAUUGUGGAUGUGGUUUCCACAAAAAACAGCAGCAAGCCUGGUGGGGGAGCUGGGAACAAGUACCUGGAGCGCGUGGGGCUGGUGCUGCGCUUCCUGCGGGCACUGCGCAUCCUGUAUGUGAUGCGGCUGGCGCGGCACUCGCUGGGACUGCAGACACUGGGGCUCACCGUGCGCCGCUGCACCCGCGAGUUCGGGCUGCUGCUGCUCUUCCUCUGCGUCGCCAUGGCACUCUUCUCACCGCUGGUCUACUUGGCCGAGAGCGAACUGGGAGCCAAGCAAGAGUUCACCAGCGUCCCCACCAGUUACUGGUGGGCUGUGAUCUCCAUGACAACUGUUGGCUACGGGGACAUGGUGCCUCGUAGCAUCCCUGGACAGGUGGUAGCCCUGAGCAGUAUCUUGAGCGGGAUUUUGCUGAUGGCUUUCCCGGUCACGUCCAUCUUUCAUACCUUUUCCCGUUCCUACAGUGAGCUGAAGGAGCAGCAGCAGCGAGUAGCCAGCAGGCACGUGCGGCAACGGCAAGAGAACAUUGAGCUCCCAGGUGGUGACAGUACACGGAGGCUCAGUGCCACAUUCCCACCAAGUGCUGGUGAGCAGGAGGGUCUGCCCUUGGUGGACCUGUAAGCCAUAAGAAGUUCUUGACCCUGAGCUGAGGACAUACAUUGGCAGCACAAGAAGCAGUGGACAAGGGAGGUCAGCUCUGCAAGAAGAAUGCCAUGAACUGCAUGAAUGAGGGGCAGGCACACACAAGGUUUCUCUAAAGACCAACUUCUGAUCUUAAGAGACCUCUGAUAAGUACCCCUAGAAAUUCUACCAAGUACAGCUCUGCUCCAUUGCUUUUCUUAGGGCUUUUCUAUUGAGCAAGUAUUUUUGGGUAUGCCCAAGGAGCAGCCAUUGAAUGCAGCCAGCCAGCAGAAUGUAAUGUGAAGCACAGCCUGUGCCAGGUGUAUGGCAGAGCAACCAGCAUGCCACCUCCUCCCUACCCUGCUCAGUGGCACUCCCUGUGUGAGGGGCUGAGCAAGGGGCUCCCCGUGCUGCAACGCCACACAGCACGUUUGUUUUGGCAGCAGCACCAAGGAACACAAACCUCAGAGAAGCCAAGGGGUGAGGGAAGAGAAGGGUAGAAGCAUCCCUUCAGCCUUACUAGGGGCUUGCUUUUGUCUUCUACAGAUGAGGCAGCGCAGCCAGAGCUGCCAGCUCUGAAUUGUGUGUGAGCAGUUUGCAUUAUUGAGUAGAGAUGCAUAUUUACCAUCCUAAGCUUUAUAUCUUAGUUCCAUGACAGAAAUACACAUACAAAAAUCUUCCUGACUGUGGUACUGAAUGUUAACUUGGUUAUUUUUCCUUUGCUAACAGUUGAAUAUAAAAAAUAGCAUUACAAAUGAUGAUUUUUUUCCACUUUCUGUUAACUAUUUCCAUCUUUCAUGUAUCAAGAAAUGUGUUUAACAGGUAAUGGAACCAAUCUGAGCUACAUGUAGUUCAAGAAGUGGAGGGUGAUGUUAAACCAGCAGUGACUCCCAGCUCUGCACAGCCUUCCUUGGUGGUGGUGGCUGCACUGAGUGCAGUCAUGUGCAAACAGGAGUAGGGGAGUAGUACAAACCCAGUGAGGCCAGCAAGACACCUUCAGUGGCCUCUGGCCCGAGCUGCAGUGCAGCAGCUGUGCUCUGCAUUAGGAGUAGCCUUUUGGUUUUGCCCUCCUGCUAAUCCUGUCAUUAAAACAAGUGUUCUAGCUCUUCUUCCUGAUACUCAGAGGAUUUAAGUCAAUUUAAAGGGAAAAUGAAUGAUAUGGUGGUAUCUGCAUGUUUGCUUAUAGAUGCCAGCCCCAUGCAUGAGCUUACCAGCCCCGAUCCUGGAGGAACUGUGCAGCUGUUCCAAAUCAGGAUGCUGUGUGGGUCUUUCAGUGUUCCUACAGGUGGGAUUUGAUCAGGGAAUGGAGGGAGAUGGAAUCCAACAAUCGCUUGUACCUACACUCCUAUUUGUACUAAAGCCAUGCGGUGUCACCCUCCAUAUUCUCCACAUACCAGGAAGGGAACAAAACCUGAUAUACUGAAGUUGGGAUUUGUCGAGUCUGUUGUUUGGGGUUUUUUUGCCUCAGCAUAUGCUGUAAAACCAAUCCUACAUUAGCAAACUCUCAUAUUAAGCCAUUCCUUAUAGGAAUGAAGCAAGGGAAAUGGAAAAGUUACACUUUAUUUUAAUAAAAAUUAAAAGCUUUGAUGCUGA